CGCAUUGCAAUGAUUGUUGCGCUGCUCCGGUUGCUCGGCAAAGCUGCAUCAGUCUGGACACGGAUAUCGAGCAAGAAUAAUUUCGUUGACGAGUUACCCGAAUAGUAUAGUGCAAUGUCAACUCCAAGAAUUUUCGUGGUCACUGGUGCCAAUAAAGGCAUAGGCCUGGCCACUGUCAAGGCUCUGUGUGAAGCAGUUGGCAGCGAGUCCAUUGUCUACCUGACAGCUCGCAGUGUUGAGCGAGGCACCAAGGCAGUGCAGGACCUUGCCAAGUCUGGUCUCAAGCCUCGAUUUCAUCCCGUUGAUGUUGAUGAUGCCUCCAGCAUUGAAACUUUUGCCACAUUUCUCAAGAAGGAACAUGGCGGUCUUGAUGUUCUUGUCAACAAUGCUGCUAUUGCAUACAGGGAUGAUGCUCCUGAACCAAUUGAGGUGCAGGCCGAGCACACUGUGCGAGUCAACUACUUUGGGCUGCGAGCUGUUUGCAAUGCUCUCUUCCCUCUCCUCCGGCCCCAUGCUCGUGUGGUGAAUGUGUCAUCGGCUGUUGGGCAUCUCUCUUGGGUGAACGGUGAGGAACUCCGCCGGCAACUUGCUGACCCGGCGCUCACGGUGGAACAACUUGACAACAUCAUGCGCGACUUUGUCAAAGCUGUUGCUGAGAAUAAGCACGUGCAGCUGGGAUGGCGGGACGUGAAAUAUAGACCUUACAUGGCCAGCAAGGUGGGGGUGUCUGCGCUGACCAGGAUCCAGCAGCGCAUGCUGGACCAAGACCCGCGGGAGGACAUCGUUGUCAACCACUGCCAUCCUGGCUAUGUCAAGACAGACAUGACAGCGAACACGGGAGUAUUCACCGCCGAGCGGGGGGCAGUGUGCCCCACAUACCUAGCCCUGCUGCCCCCCAACGUGGCCUCUCCCCGUGGGGAGUACGUCUGGCAUGACAAGAUGGUCCUCGACUGGGUGAACGCAGACCUGCCUCAUCCCGGCUACUGAGCCCUCGCUACAUGUGCUCCUUGGAGUGUGGGAUGCCGUGACAUGUUGGACGACGUGUGUGUCUUAGAGUGUGGGAUGCCGUGACAUGUUGGACGACGUGUGUGUCUUAGAGUGUGGGAUGCCGUGACAUGUUGUACGACGUGUGUGUC